GAAAGAAGAAAAACACCUGUAAGCGCAGAAAGGAGGGUUUUUAUUGAAAGACAUGUUAAGUGGACUUUAACUGCACACGGUUAAGCGGUUAAAGGAAGAACGGAGGCUGAUUCCCUUUUUGCAGCAUGCAGCCAACGAGAGCAAUAAGCCUCAACAUGCACCUGGAUGAGCCUCGGCUUCCUUCAAAUUAUAACCUCCCUUUCCUGUAAAACGUGUUGAGUGAGGAAGAGUUCCUCCCCUCCUGUUGACCUGAAACCAGAAAUGUUGAGCUUCAACUCUAUUCAGCUUGAGAGCAUGGAGCGAGCACGGCUGCUGUCGCACUGCUGGGCUUUGUUGUUUCUCCACUCCUCCCUGACUGCUGCUGCAGACCUCGUAAACAUCACAGCUGAAACUGGACAGAACGUCACUUUGUCAUGCAGAGCCAACAACAACAACCUCGUUACAUUUCUGGAGUGGAGCAAACAUGGUCUUAGGAAAGGAUAUUUACUUUUGUACCGUGACGAGCGGUUUGAUCUAGAGAACCAGCAUCCAUCGUUUAAGAACCGAGUGGAGCUACAGGACAGACAGAUGAAGGAUGGAGACGUGUCUUUGAUUCUGAAAAAUGUGACGCUUGAUGACCGUGGAAUAUACGAGUGUCGUGUUGAGACAAAAAUAAAUCGCAGGAAGAGAGCGAAUCAGGAUGACGACCCCGUCAUCGUCAUCAGCCUGAAUGUUGUUCCUCCAGGUCAGACAGGAGGAGACACAGAGGAUGGAAGGAUGAAAGAACGGGGAAGUGAAAAGACAGGGAGGCAUAGCUCUGUCGGUGUGGCAGUUUCUGCUGUCCUUCUUUUGGGUGGUAUUGUUGUGUUUCUGAUCUACAGAAAACAUAAAACAACACAUAAUCUGGACUCAUACCAGCGUCCUGCUGAACUACAAGCUGUUUAAAAUGUGUCACAUGUUUCUACAACUGAACUGUCAGUGCCCAUGCUGCUGUUCCCAACCCUCAAACCUUAUUUAUUUGUUUUUUUUCUGUUUUGCAUAUCAGAAGGUUUUUCAGCUCUAUUUGUGGUUCUAUCUCCGCUCUGCCUCGCUACAGGAAGCUGAGACGUGCUAGCUUUAUCUCUGACUGACUGAUGUGAAAGUCCCUAGCAUUACAUUUCCCCUGCAGUGUUGUGAGUCAAAUUUCCAAGAUUACAUUUUAAUAAGAUUACCAAUAUGUGCCAAUAUGUUUUUUUAAGCUUUAAAUAGUUUGCCAAGCUCAUGAGUGAAUUAUGGAUGUUACUUCUGUUGAGUUUGUGUUGUUUGAUAUUUACAUUAUGAUUAGUUUAACCAACAUUGGAGAUGCUGAAAGCUUUUAAACAGGAAGCAUUAAAUUGCAUUAACAGGAAGAGAAAACAGGAGUGUUUCUUUUUUAGCCUUCGUAAUGAUUGUUGAAUAAAUCUGCCUGUAAAUGUAUGAACUGCACUGCAUGGUUUACCCACAUUUAUAACAUCCACCGUCACAUUAAUGAGCAGCCCAGUGUCAGAGCAGUCAGAUUUUAAUGAUAUACAAUGAUACCUAUAAAUAUGUACAAUACACACCUUUUCCUUCACCCUGUGAUUUAUUUUCUUUAAAAGAAAGGGAAAAUAACUAGCGAAAGACAGCAAAGAUGAGCUUUUAGAUAACUAUCUUAGUCUAUUGUCUAUUAUCUCAUGCCUCGAGCUGUUUAAUGUCAGUCACUUCUCAUAUGUCGUUCAGUUUCAAACAAUGAAGUUUAUUCAUGCCAUGGAGGUGAUAAAAUAACAUACUGUUCAUAUAAGAAGGGAAACCUGCUGUUAAAGGAACUGAAGUCUUGAAAUACCAUGAUUAUGAGUCCACAGACCAAAUCCUGAGAACAGAGGAGGUGAAGGAGUAGUUAGUUAAAACUGUUCCAGAGAUAUCUGAUUAAAACAGGUCACGUACCUCAAACUGAUUUGAAUUUCAAAUGUAGGCGCAGAGUUUCUGCUCGUCAUCUGUGUGCACUCUCCUCUGUGUUUGCUCUGUUUUAUUUACUCUGUGCUUCAGGAUUCAGUAUCGAGAUGAACACAGAGCAACAAGAACCAAACAAGCUGAACUGAAACUGUUUGGGAUUCUGGAUAAUUCAUUAUUAUAUAACACGUUACUAUAAGUUAUUUCAAUUUUAAAAAGAGAGAGAGUCAUGUGUCGAGUCGAGAAAGAUCAUAGCCAAAAUAAAGACGCCCAAACAGAUUUGAAUAAAUGGAAAAUAAUCCAUAUUUUACCACAUCAGCAAAUCUAGUUAGCUGAUCAAAAACAAACAAAAAAAGUGUACAGAGAGAGAGAAGAGAGCAAAGCAAACAGAAACACACGUAGGUGAAACCCCCGAGCUGACAAACAGCACUAUGCAGCAACUCAUCAAGGAAAACUGAGGCCUUAAAUACACGUGUGGUAACCAGGGAGAUGGAAACCACCAAGGGACACACCUGAACGAAAUCAGGAAAAACAAGAUGGUAAGCAAAACUAUAUAAAAUGCACAAGGACAAGAGAAGUCGCACAGGGGCUUUCUAAUACAGCGAUGGGGACUUUACAUGAUACCUGGUUAAAAGGAAAACAGGAAAAAAGAAACUCAGGGGAUUAACAAGAAAUGAUAACUAUGGUUACAGAACAUGAAAGAAAACUCAAUCUUACCUGAAAAUAUUUCAUAGUAACUCAAUUAGGAACAAAAGUUAGAAUAUGAAACUCUAAAUAACCAAGAACAGACCAAGUAAAGGUCAAAGCAUCCACAACGGAAAUGUGAAAACCAAUCACACUGAGCUCACACAUUCAACACAACCACAAAAACACACUUACUACACCAACACGUGAUGUGUGUCUCACCACAUUUUGAGUCUCAAAAAUGCCUUCAAACUCGUGGAGACUGGGAUUCUGGUUCCUAUAAUGGCUGUUGGUCAAAAUAAGUAUAGUAUUUUUGGUCCCUACAAAGAUGUUAACACUCACACACAGAUCUCAACAUGAUAAACUCGUUUUAAAAAAUUAAACUCACAAAAGAAAUGUCAGGGUUACAAUUAAGUUAUGGUUAGGUUUAGGGUAAGUGUCAGGGUUAGGCUUUCAUUUCUUGAUGGUUAGGGUUAGGGUAAGCGACUAAGGAAAGCAUUAUGUCAAUGAGAUGUCCCCAAACGGAAAUAAAUAAACCCGUGUGACUAUGAGAAACA